AUGCUGCUGGCCCUGCUGCUGCCACUGCUGCUGCCCCUCCCAGACCCCCCGUCUGCCGAUGGGCACCCACCGUACGUGCGCCUGCCCCCCAGCACCUUACAAGUCCUGUCAGCCCAGGGGACACAGGCGUUGCAGGUGGCCCAGAGGAGUGCCCAGUGGGCAGUAAAGCGAGUGGCCAUGGAGAUCCAGUACCGACUGCACGAGUGCCGAGGCUGUGCCAACCACACCACCCCAUGCCCGGCAGGACCUCGGCGCCCCGGGCCUCCAACCCCUCUCCUCCAGGACUCACCUGAGCCAGGGCCGUGUGGCGAGAGGCCCCCGGGCACGGCCAACGCGACGCGGGCGCACGGCCGCAUUGUGGGGGGCAGAGCGGCGCCGCCGGGGGCCUGGCCCUGGCUGGUGAGACUGCACCUCGGCGGGCAGCCUCUGUGCGGCGGCGUUCUGGUGGCGGCGUCCUGGGUGCUCACGGCGGCGCACUGCUUCGCGGGAGCCCGGAACGAGCUUCUUUGGACCGUGACGCUGGCCGAGGGGCCCCGCGGCGAGCAAGCGGAGGAGGUGCCGGUGAACCGCAUCUUGCCCCACCCUAAGUUUGACCCGCGGACCUUCCACUACGACCUGGCCCUGGUGCAGCUGUGGACGCCAGUGAGCGCAGCGGGGCCCGCGCGUCCCGUGUGCCUGCCCCAGGGGCCCCGGGAGCCCUCCGCCGGCACCGCCUGCGCCAUCGCGGGCUGGGGGGCCCUCUUCGAAGACGGGCCUGAGGCUGAGGCGGUGAGGGAGGCCCGCGUGCCCCUGCUCAGCGCCGACACGUGCCAGAGGGCCCUGGGGCCCGCGCUGCGCCCCAGCACCAUGCUCUGUGCCGGCUACCUGGCGGGGGGCAUCGAUUCGUGCCAGGGUGACUCUGGAGGCCCCCUGACCUGUUCUGAGCCUGGCCCCCGUCCCAGGGAGGUGCUGUAUGGAGUCACCUCCUGGGGAGAUGGCUGCGGAGAGCCGGGGAAGCCCGGGGUCUAUACUCGCGUGGCCGUGUUCAGAGACUGGCUCCAGGAGCAGAUGAGUGCGGCCCGCUCGAAUCGCGAGCCCAGUUGCAGGGAGCUUCUGGCCCGCGACCCGCCCGAGGAGCCCCUGGCCGCCGCGGCCGCGCCCUGCGCCUUCUAUGCCGGCCAGUGCCCGGGGUCCGAGGGCGCUUGUGCGCGCCUGGCGCACCAGCAGUGCCUGCAGCGCCGGCGGCGGUGCGAGCUGGGCGCGCUGACGCACACCCUGCUGGUCCUGCUGCGGGGCGCCCAGGAGCUGCUCGGCCCGCGCCCGAGUCUGCCGCGCCUGGCCUCGGCCCGUCCCUCUGCGUCGCUCCGGGAGUCCCCCGGGCGCCCCGCCCGCGAUCAGCCCCCAGGAUCGCGGGCUGCAGGCGCGCGGUUCCAGAGGCCGAGGCCAAAGCAGCGCGGGGAGGCGAACGGCUGCCCUGGGCUGGAUCCCCUGCUCCGGAAGCUGGCAAUCCUUCAGAACACCCACGCGUGGAUCCUGCGGGUCCCCCCUGAUCGCCUGGCCAUGGACUUUCAGGAGGUCCUAGCUGAUCUGGGCUCCAAGACGCUGAACGGGCUCUUUGGAGCCCAGGUGCAGGCAGGCUUGGGGGGCCGACACGUGGUCUUUGGCGGCCUGGUGGGCCUGGAGCCAGCCACCCUGGCUCAUAGCCUCCCGCGGCUGCUGGCCCAGGCCCUGCAGGCCUUCCGCUUGGCCGCACAGCAGAGGAAGAGCCCAAGGGACCCCUGAUGGGUGGGAGGUGGGGCUGGGGGAUGGGGAGGAAGGGACACCGCCCACUCAGCCUUCAGGUUCCCCCAGCCAGGUCACCAUGAGCCACACCUGGGGGCCCCAGCCCCUGGCCAGGACCCCCUGCUCCCAGGGGUAGGAGGGGCACAAGGAGCAUGAUGACAAGCUGCCAUGGCCACAGGCAUGAGGGGUGGGGCCCUGGGGUCCCGGGCCUCACGUGUCUUUCUGUGUGGGUGAGCAGAGAAUCAGCUGCUCUAAUAAACAUUAUUUAUGAUUGACUGAG